AAGCGCCAUGCUUCACGCUUUCAGCCAAUCACAAGGUGAGCAGCAGGUGCGCUCGCUCUGAUUGGCUGACACGUACACCUACCUGGUGACGUCACGUGUUGUUAUCUACCUGUGAGGAUGGCCCGACACUUCAAGGAGCAAGAUAUUGACGAAUUCAGGGAGUGUUUCUCCUUGUAUGCUCGCAAUGGACAGAUUCGCACCCUGGAUCAGCUAACUGUAAUCAUGCGUUCCCUGGGCAUGAGUCCAACCAUUUCUGAGCUUAAAAAGUAUUUCAAGGACAAAGGUGGGAAGAUGAGUUUUCCCGACUUCCUCGAUGUGAUGCACAAACACAGCCAGGUAGAGAAGAUACCUGAAGAAAUCUUAGCCGCCUUUAGAGGUCACGACCCGAAGAAAACUGGAGCCAUACCAGCACGAGAUCUACGGCACAUCCUACUACAGUGGGGUGAAUGCCUCAGUCACAAAGAAGUGGAGCAGAUCUUUCGUGAGGCCAACAUAUCUCCAAAUGGUGUUGUUCGCUACCAAGAUUUCUGUAGGAUUGUGUGCGCUCCUGUGCCUGAUUACUAUUAACAAGAGUACAGGUUGAAAUACAAUAUUGUAUUAGCCUUUCAGGUAUUGCAAUAUGGAUCUGGACAUGUGUGUGUGUGUGAUAUUUCAGUAUGAUCAGGUCAUGGUGUAAUUACCCAAAUGAUGUACUAUGUAAGGUACAGUAAUAUUUGUAAGUUACAUUAUGCCAGAGGGUUAUGAUAAAACAUUAAUCGGUAACUUAAAAUGAUAACUAUUUAAAGUUUCUUUCGAUCUCUUAUCAUAAGAGCAUUUGAAUAAUGUCUUUCAAUUUUAUAUCUAAAUAAAUACCCAUUAUACUACAUCAUUAGCCAUAGAUUUAAUCCCAAAUAAUUAUUAUGAGGCAUUUUUUAGGAUUACCCUAAAAUAUACUUUAAAUAUGAUUAAAUACAGUAUGUCCUUACAAUACUGUAUUGGAAGGACGUAUUGUAUAGGCUUACUCAAAUAUAUAAAUUUUAUAUUUUGAAGGCCAUAGUUUUUGGUGACAUUUUAACUCUGGCACUGCUCAGUUGCUCAUCACAUUGUAUCAUAUGAUCUACAUCAUUAAUUUUCAAAUAAUUACUUCCUCUGGUGUCCACAAGUAGUGAUGUGAGCCGAGCCAAUGGUACAGAGAGAGAUGCCACAGGUUAUUAAUUCAGCUGCCUUGGUUACUUCCAUGUUUAAAGUGAUUGUUACAAUGCCUCAGGUUCAGUGGUACAUGUGCCACACUUCCCUACAACCUUUCUAAUUGCUCCUUAACUAAUGAGCUUGCCAAGCUCCACAUGAAUUUGUUUGUCAUCUAUCUUUCACUUUAAAUAUACAGUGAUGAGUCAAAUUUUAAGCUGUUCCUUGAAAUGUGUAGAGAUGAUCCAUACCAAAAAUAAAUAGGUCAAAUAAGCAUUAAACAUUCCAUAUAG